AUGAGCGGUCACAAUGUUGCUAUUGCCUAUCUACCUGAAGGCUGCCACGGUGUUGGUGCUGCGGCAACUGUGGCCACCCACAUGAAGCGAACGUUUCCUUCUAUUCAGUUACGAUUGCUUGUGGGUAUCGGCGGAGGUGUUCCGAACAAACAGGAUGUUCGACUUGGCGACGUUGUUGUAGGAAUGCCAGCCGAAACUCAUGGAGCCGUUGUACAAUACGAUCUGGGGAAGAACACUACCAGCGGAUUUUCAAGGAAGGGAUAUCUACUACCGCCUCCUCAACAAUGGAUUCACGUUGUCAGCCAGAUGAGAUCGAACCACCGGUUGACUAAGCAAAACAAAAUUACAAUAUAUCUAUCGGACAUGCUACGUAGGUAUCCAGAUUUGACCGAGUAUCAAAGACCGCCUCCGCAAAGUGAUGUACUCUACACCCAGGACAACCUGCAUGUUUUUGGAGAAGAAACUUGCUUAAAAUGCGAUCAAACUCGUGUCAUACAAAGGUCACCUGAAAGACAUGAACCAACAAUUUUCUAUGGCCUAAUCGCCUCGGGAAAUCAAGUCAUGAAGAAUGCAGUACAACGAGACGAAAUCAGUCGAGAUGCUGGCUGUGCGCUGUGCUUCGAGAUGGAAGCUGCGGGUGUUGUCAAUGAUUUUCCAAGCCUUGUUGUUCGAGGUAUUUCAGAUUAUGCCGACUCCCAUAAAAAUGAUGACUGGCACGCGUAUGCCGCAGCAGCAGCAGCGGGUUGUGCUAAAGAACUGCUUAGUUACGUUGGUCCACACGUUGCUGAGACUUGUAACGAGUUGAUGCGGCCAGAUGAUCACGACCGCCAACACGACGGCCAAAAAUCUCGGGUUUCCAGCGCUAUAACGGAUAGCUCGUUUGAUCGAACGAAUGACUCGGAGAUCAGAAGUAUUUGCGAGUGGUUCAGUCCUUUGAAUUUCUGGAAUCAACAACAGGAUGUUUUUGACAGAUAUCAUGACGGAACUGGGACUUGGUUUCUACAAGACCAAAUCUUCCUGGAUUGGCUGAACGGCACAAUGAAGGUCCUAUGGUGCCCUGGAAUUCCGGGUUCCGGCAAAACAGUCAUAAGUUCUGUCGUUGUCGACCUUUUACGAAAACGAAGAUCUCAGGACAAAACGAUUGGAGUCACCUGUAUCUACCUCCAGUACAAGGAGAAGCACUCCAUCACAACCCUGAUCUCCAACCUUAUAAAACAGCUAUUACAGCAAUGCCGAUUCUUACCUGAGCCCAUAAGGUCAGUAUUUGUAGGUCACCAAGACCACGGUACUAGACCUGGUCGAAAGGAAUGCUUUGAGGUCCUGAACCGGCUUCUAAAUGAGUUCUCCAAAGUAUUCCUCGUCAUUGAUGGGUUGGAUGAAGCUAGCGAAGACAUUACAACCAAUUUUAUUAAGCCAGUUCUUGACAUGCUGGCCCUCCAUGUUGUGGUAUUCUCACGUUAUUUACCCUACAUCGAACGGCUUUUUUUGGAGUCCCCUCGAUUAGACAUCUGGGCUAACAGCGAAGACCUGGAGCGAUACUUUGAGGGGCGUGUUCAAGAAAACGCCGAUUUUGCGACUCUUAUAAACGAGGCCAAUCUACACCAGGGAAUUUUAACUGCAAUAAUACGAAAAUCUCACGGAAUGUUUUUGCUUGCUCAUCUCCAUAUUGGCUCUAUUAUCAAAUUGGACAAUCCUCAAGCAGUGGAGCGGGCACUCUCAUCCCUUCCUUCUCAACUAUAUGACUCAUAUGAUAAAAUAUUAGAAAGGAUCAUGGCGCAACCAGAGCACGAUCGCGCUCGGGCUGAACAGGUAAUCAUGUGGAUUACAGCUGCUUUGAGACCGCUUACUUUAGACGAGCUGUUGCAGGCCUUGGCCGUGAGCAUCAAUUCCAACGAAUUCAGUAUGCAAGCUCGACCCACCGUGACUCGUUUAGUUUCGGUUUGUGCAGGUCUCGUCACAUUCGACAAGCAAAGCCAGAAAAUAAGGCCGGCACAUGAAACCAUCCAAGCCUAUUUCGAAGAGAGGCUGUCUGUUCUGUUUCCAAAUGCACAAAGAAAGAUGGCUACAGCCUGUCUUGUCUAUUUAGCUUCCGCUGUUCCUAGAAUUCAGUUUUGCACGACAGACGGAGAUUUGAGGCACCUUUUGGCACAGAAUGCAUUUCUCGAUUACGCCGCUCGAUAUUGGGGUCAGCACAGCCAUGAUUGUGGAGAGACGAACCCAAAGGAACUGGCCCUGCAGGUUCUCCAAGACUCCUCGAUCAUUUCGUGCAUCACUCAAAUCAUGUUUGUACCUGAUCUCCAUUUCCCUGGCUACAGUCAACAAGUCCCCACUCGGGUGUCUGCAGCUCACCUUUUUGCAUUCUUCAAUCUAGAACAUACACUGGGAUUGUUUCUCGAUAGAGGAGGCUGUCCAGAUGAAAAGGACUCUGAUGGCAUGUCGCCUUUAUCGUGGGCUGCCGCACAAGGAAACGUGGCUGUGGCGAAGACAUUGAUUCGCAAUCCUGAUGUCGAUGUAAAUUCGCAAGAUGACCAGGGACAGACACCUCUAUCAAGGGCGUCUGAAGAAGGACAAGAUGCUGUUGUGAAAUUAUUACUCGACUGCAACAGAGCUGACAUAAACUCUCGGGAUACAAGAGACAUGACACCUCUUGCCUGGGCGGUAUCACGACAGCAUGUUACAACAACAAAACUGCUGUUGGGGGCAAUAACCUCUCCAAACACUGUUGAUGACGAAGGUCAAUCUGUCCUUUCUACGGCAAUUGAAAGCAGGAAUGAAAAUAUUAUCCUGCAGCUGUUGGUAGCUGGGGCGGAUGUCGAUGUUGGUCAUACCACGCUAUGUGAAACCCUCCUUUGGGGUGCCCAUCAGGGUCACUGGCAGCUUGUCAAGACUCUUUUGGAGAAGAGUAGUAUGACUUCCAAACCAUCGGACAUAUUACCGAGAGGGCUACUUGAUAAAGCAGCUGAGGAUGGCCAAGAGGAUGUUGUGCACAUGUUAGUUGAAUCUGGCACCGACGAUCGUCACUGGAAUCUUCAACGCAGCACCGCUCUCUGGCUGGCGGCUGAAAACGGGUACCGAUCCAUAAUGCAAAUUUUGAUCAAGGCCGGGGCGGAUGUGGAAGCAAAAAAUGAAUCUGGCAGAACCUUAUUACAAGAGGCCUUGGAAAAUCAAGACAAAGUAAUGGUUGAAUUCCUGGUUCGCAAUGGAGCAAAUAUUGAUGCAGCAAAUGAUCGAGGAGAAACUUUACUUGAGAGCACGGUGAAACGAAAUGAUCGGGACAUGGUAAAAUUACUCGCCAACCAGGGGGUAAACGUUCGGGAAAACAUGGCGCUGCACUGGGCUGUGGAGAACCGUAAAAUCGAGAUGGUACGCUUACUCCUACAAUUAGGAGCAAGAAUAAACCGGAAAGAUAACUCGGGAAAGACAGCUCUGCAUUUAUCCGUUGAGUAUGGUUUGGAAGACAUUAUUUGCUUACUUGCAGAGAAGGAAGCAAAUUUAGACGCUUAUGAUAGCUGUCGAAGAACCGCACUGUGGUAUGCCGUCAGGCAACGAGACUGGUCAACCGUGCGUCUACUUAGAAGACUUGGAGCAGAAAUUGACCCAUGCGACGCGCCUGAAGGAACACCCCUACAAUGGGCCGUUGAGAUAGGAGAUCAGGAAAUGGUAGCAGUCCUUGUUGAAGAGGGAGCAAACAUUAAGCAGCAAAACUCCUCAGGCCAGUCUCCAUUACGACUGGCAGUGGAGAGGGACCGUUAUCAAAUUGUACGGUAUCUCUUGAUGAAUGGAGCAGAUAUCAAUGACCAGGACUCGGCGGGCCUGACAGCUUUAGCAUGGGCGGUAGAGCACAGCCUCUUCGAGAUGGUCCAGUUCCUGGCAAGCAAAGGGGCAGACAUCGAGCUCAAAAUGAAAAACGGCCUUAAGCCCCUCACGCUUGCGGCUACGAGUGGGUCCUACAACAUGGUGAGGUUUUUUAUGAAGGAAGGGUCUCGAUUUGAUCCUCCAGAGACAGAAAUUUCUUCUCCGGAGAAAUGGCUAUCUCAAGCGAUUUACGGGGCAGUGAUUUCCGGCGAAAACUGGAAGCUAAGGCGACUACUCGAAGCCCGGUUAGAGACUGAAAACUACCAACUUCAUGACAGCCUCUUGGCAGCUGCAGAGAGACACAAGUUUGAAGUCGUGAUGAAGUUGCUGCAGGAUGGUGAGCGGUUUGCCAUUGACGAGAUAGAAGGGCUGAUUAUAUUGGACUCCGCCGGGGCAAAGGGUAAGCUCGAAUUGGUGGAUAUGUUAUUGAAGACGAGUCAGAUCGACUUGAAUGGCAGAGUACCGAAUUCGAAUCAGGGCUUCACUCCCUUGCUUGAUGCGGCCUGGUUCGGUCAAUUCGCAGUUGUCGACCGAUUUUUGAAGGAGCAAGACAUCGAUCGAGAUAUCCAGACACUGCCUGGAAACGCGGUAAUACAUAUAGCGGCCAGCCGCGGUCAUCUAGAAGUGUUGAACGUCUUGUUAGAAGAGCACUCUGUCCUUGCAAACAGCAGAACCAGUUAUGGAUGGACAGCACUGCAUCUUGCGGCGCAGUAUGGACAUCUGGCCAUAGUAAAACGACUCUUGCAAGAGAACGGCGUCACACCGAACGAUCUAACCAAUGACGGCCGUACUGCCGUCCGGGUAGCGGAGGACUACGGUUCAUGGAGUGUGGCCGGUUACCUGAACACGCUUCUGACGAGAGGGCCACGGUAG